AUGCUUCAGCAAUAUAUUUUGCAGAGAAGAACCCUAAUGUCAAAUAAAGCUCCCGUCUUUCCUAUACCGGAACCUCAACACUUCAGUGACUAUGGCUUUGAUCCUCAAAUUGACUAUUUUCAGGUUUUGGAAGAAGCCAGGAAUUACAAGAGGGAGAAUGUAACAUCCAUAGACACACAGCACUUUAAGCUUCAAAAACCAAUAUCAACUGAUGAACAUUCCCCCAAAAAGAACAAAAUGAGAUGGUGGAGGAAUGCCUUGCUCUUUUUCAACUUGAACAAAUGGGUUCCACGCGGCGGAGGAUCCACUACCGCCUCCGGAGGUUGCAAUAACAUCAAUCACCAGGGGCGUCACCGUGUAGGAUCAUUAUUUAUGAUUGAAACACUGGAUUAA